AUGCACGGCUCUUCAUCCGGGUUCGGUGGUUCUCUGCUACCUGGCCCUUUGCACGUGGGGCUGCUCGUACGUGGAGACCAUCAUAGAUGUACAAAUAGCGAAGUGGAUGAUCAUGAAAGUGAGAGUCAAGAACUCAGCUGCCAUUCCUCACAUAUCUUAUCUCACCCAGAGAUUUUUCCAAACUUGAAAUUUGCCGCGAUGCAGAGCCAAUUCAACGAGUCUGCACCUUCGGACACAUGGACCACACUCUGCAAUGAGUAUGCGGACAUUGCCAAAGUCACAACAGGCCCGCAACAUGUCCUCAAUCUAGAACGAUUGGUUACCGAAGGCAUAUCUGGACCUGUGUCCAAAUCGAUGUCUAGGAUUCUUUAUUUACCUUUGCUCGUCGUCAUUCAUAUCUGCCAAUACUUCCAAUGGCUGGACAUUCACAACCUCACGCACGCCGAAGUGCUACAAAGUCUGGAAAGUGGUGGCGGAGCAUUUGGCCAACUUGGCGACAGUGAAUCAGUUCCUAGAGCGGCAACAAUCGCGGUGCGGCUGAAAUCUUCUCAGCAAGGAACCGAGCUAAUCAGAGAUGUUCCUGGAUGUUAUAUUUCGGCUGUAACAGAGCCGAGAAAUAUCAGUAUCGUAGGUCCAGUGCUCGAGCUCAAGAAAGUGGCCGACAGGGCACGUGAUCAGGGCCUAACGGUCUCUGAUAUCCAUAUCCGCGGCAAAGUACACAAUCCAGAGAACGCACCUUUAGUUAAGGUGCUGUUUGACAUAUGUCAGAAACAUGAUGAAAUGAGCCUGUCCGAUACCAGGAAACUUCUCGAAAGCGCCAUCGCCGUCACUGGAGCUGCAUAUCGACUGCCAAAGGCAAACGAUCUUGAGGAGUUAUGGAACCUUCUUUCCGCCGGGAUAUCGACUUACGAAGAAAUUCGCCUCGACAGAGUACCUAUGCACGAAACGGCCAAUAUGGACCCACAACAGCGCACCUUACUAGAGCUGACGUAUGAAGCUCUAGAUUCUGCAGGGUAUCUCCGCAGACAUCGCCGUGAAAACGGCGAUAAAGUCGGUUGCUUUAUCGGAGCAAGUUAUGUCGAGUAUGCGGAUAACACAAACGCCUACCCACCCACUGCAUACUCAACAGUCGGUACCAUUCGGGCAUUUCUGUGUGGAAAACUAAGUCAUUGCUAUGGUUGGACCGGGCCAGCCGAAGUCAUCGACACUGCAUGCUCGUCCUCUCUUGUCGCCAUCAACAGAGUUUGCCGUUCCAUUCAGUCUGGUGAAUGCCCAAUGACUAUUGCUGGCGGAGUGAACAUCAUAUCCAGUGUUCACAAUUACUUAAAUCUUGAAAAGGCUGGUUUCCUGAGCCCGACGAGUCAGUGUAAGCCAUUUGACGAGUCAGCUGAUGAAUACUGCAGAGGUGAGGGAGCUGGAAUUGCAGUAUUAAAACCCCUGAAACAGGCUUUGGCAGAUGGCGACCAAGUGUUGGCUGUCAUAUCAGGAUCAUCCACUAACCAAGGAGGGCUGUCCGAGAAUCUGACACUGACACAUCCACCAGCCCAAGUGGACUUGUAUAAGUCAGUUCUUAAGGGCGCCAAGAUGAGCCCACGCCAUGUUUCAUACAUAGAAGCACAUGGCACUUGCACGUCUCAGGGUGAUCCAUUGGAGGUCAGCAGCAUCAGAGAGGUGUUUGGUGCAUCGGAUCGACCAAACAAGGUGUAUCUUGGUUCGAUCAAAGGCAAAACCGGUCACGCAGAAUCGGCAGCAGGCGUUGCAGGGCUUGUCAAAGUCAUUGCCAUGUUGAAGAAGAAAUCGAUUCCGCCUCAUGUGUCAUUCAAUACGUUGAACCCGAAGAUACCUUCUUUGGGCCCAGAUAAGAUCACUAUAGCAAGGAAUCUAGAAUCAUGGAACACUCCUUUCAGAGUAGCCUUAGUGAACAACUAUGGAGCUGCUGGAAGUAAUGCAGCAGUCGUUGUUUGCGAAGGACCUCGGAAGGAUGUUGGUAAAGCGCGAACCCUUUCACAUAUAAGCACCGUAUAUCCUAUCAUUCUCUCUGCCUUCAUACAAGAGAGUCUUCUGGCUUGUGUAAAGUCAUUGAAGUCUCACAUCAGUCGAACGAAUAUCGACCUAGCAAAUCUUGCUUUUACCCUCUCCGAACGGCGAAAGAGACAACCUAUCGCAUGGAUGACAACAGCUUCCUACAUUGACGGCCUAAUUCAUCAGCUUUCUACGGACAUCUCACCCUGCGAGAUCCCUCGGGCAUCCAAAAAAAUGGUUCUUGCGUUUGCUGGUCAAAGCAAGCAGCUUGUUGCCGUUCGCGCCCAGCUUAUGGUGACCAAGUGGGGUCCAGAUAAAGGCACCAUGCUUGCCAUCUUCGCGCCAAUCUCUGUUGUUGAAAACAUCAUUGAAGCCGCUGGUAAUAAGACUAUCGAGAUUGCUUGCUUCAACGCUCUAAACAGUCAGUUUGUCGUCGGAAACGAGAUGGCAGUGGCCGAUGUGGAAAAGGGUUUGGCGACUAAUCCCUCGUUCAAGGGAGUUAGGAAACUUUCCGAGUCCUUGCAAUCAGUAUCUUUCAAGAAGGCAUCCAUUCCCAUCGAGACCUGCACACAGCAGCAGACCGAUUCAAUUACUGAUGAACGCGUUCUGUUGCACCUCCGGAAACCAGUCUACUUCAUUGACGCGGUUAGGCGGAUCGAAGAGCGUUUUAGAGAUUGUAUCUGGUUCGAGGCAGGAUUUGAUUCACCUAUAGUCUCAAUGAUCAAGCGUGCUGCUGCCAACUCGGAUAGGCACUCAUUCCAUGCCAUUAAGACAGCUGGUAUUGAGCGGCCUACUGAGUCACUUUCCAAAAUCACUAUCGGUCUUUGGAAGGAAGGGCAUAAUAUUACUCCUUGGUCUUUCCUAUCUCCGGCAGCUAUUCCUAUGCAUCUACUACGCCAUGUUGGGUCUACUGAUAGCCCAGAUCGCGCAACCGUUCAUGGAAUAGGCAAACUACACUUGACUAAACAGCCUAGGUUCUCCACAUACAAACUCCUCCUUGCGGAACGCAUCGAUUCGAUUCGAUCAAGUCCCACUUCCGAGAAGAUAAUGUGUGGACGAGCUUAUCAGCUCUUUUCCAAGGUUGUUCAUUACGCUGAAUCCUCACAAGGAAUUGAAAGCAUCACCAUCAACAAGAAUGAGGCGCUAGCUACAAUCCGCAUACCAGAUAGUCAUAUCGGAAGCGGCGAAAGCGCGGUAAAGAAGCACUGCGACACUGUUUCUAUCGACAUGUUCCUUGAGGUCUCCGGCCUACUCAUCAAUAGCAGCUCGGCCUGUUCUAGAGAUCAAGUGUUCAUAACUUCGGGACUCGAAAGCGUCACCAUGUCCAAACUCUGCGACUUCGGCUCCGUUAAGGAAUGGAAUGUCUAUACUAUUUCAACGCUCAACUUGGCCGCUGAAGAGCCUGAAAGUGAUGAACGACAAGUCAACCUGUUCAGACUCAUUUCCGAGCUCUAUGGUGUGGAUGUAAGUCUCAUACAAGAGAGCCAAUCUCUUGCAGAUCUCGGAUUCGAUUCCCUUUCUACUACAGAACUGGGAUCAAGUUUUUCUGAUGAGUUGAACGUCAAUCUUGAAAGCACCAAUGUGCUCCCCGAUUGUUCCGUUAUCGACCUUAUGCAAUUGGCUGGUAUCUUUUCAUCAAAGCAAAAACCCAGGCUUUCAAAACCACCAGUUUCGACUGUGAAAAGUGUACCAACAAGCAGUUGUGGGAGGGCUGCAGGUGUUACGGAUCCGUUCAAGUCUCUCGUGGCAGCCGAGAGCUCCCUUCCCGUAUACGCGACAAAUUGCCAAUAUACAGGGUAUUUGACUGAAGCCGCUGCUCGUCAAGAUGAACUUCUCCUUGCAUAUAUGACAGAAGAGCUCCAAAAGUUGGGAGUUGAUCUCAAAGCUCUUAGAAUCGGCCAAAAGAUUCCUAGCUUCUCGUAUCAACCGAAACACUCCAGGGUAGUACAAAGGUAUUACGAGAUUCUCCAAAAGCACAAAGUCAUCGAGAAGAAAGGCCCAGACUGCGUUCGAUCAUCUACCUCAUGUAAGUUUGCGCCUUCGUCUCGGCUCUGGGGCAAAUUCUUAGCCGAUUUCCCCCAAUACAGCUGCGAGGCAGAACUCAUGUCUCUCACCGGAUCGAAGGUAGCAGAGUGCUUAACGGGCACUGAAGACCCCAUCAAACUCCUCUUUGGUAACCCAAAGGCACAAGAAAUCAUCGAGAACUUCUACGCCAAAGCGACCAUGUUCGCCACUCUGACCGAGCUCCUUGUUGAUUUCUUGCUUCGUCUGGCCAAAAACGCCCACGCGCCUAUUAGCAUCCUUGAAGUCGGAGCGGGCACAGGAGGCACUACAAAGCGGGUCAUCGAAGCACUGAGCAACCUCAACUACCCUAUUGAGUCUGAGCAACCUCAACUACCCUAUUGAGUAUUUCUUCACUGACAUCUCCUCAACAUCUGUCCGAAACGCAUCCAAGAAGUUCAAUCACCCCGGCAUGCAAUUCAGAUUGCCCAACCGAGAGACUCCACCUCCCACAGAUCUAAUUGGCAAAUUCGACAUCGUAAUUAGUACAAACUGCGUCCACGCGACAA